ACUUUAGCAAUAAAUUUUUUAAUAUAAAAUACACAAUGUUGGGUGAAAAAGGUUUAAAUUUAAUAAAAACUCUCAAAAGAUCUUCAGACACUAUUCCAGAAUUUGAUGACGAGGGAGUUCGUAAAGUUUUAGAGGAAAUAAAAAUAUUGUAUGAAGAAAAUUGUGAACAAGCUGCAAAUUAUUCUACAUCUGGGGAUAGAAACAUAUGGCCUUUGUUGAAUUUUAGACAUGCAGCCUUACAGCGAAAUAAACGAUGUCUAUUAGUUUAUUUAAAUGAACGUUUAGAGAAAAUUAAAUCACUAAGAUGGGAAUUCGGUCCAGUUAUACCUUCAGACAUUAAAAGUUCAUUAUGUGAGCCAGAGAUUAUGUAUUUUAAUAAUUAUUCGAAAUCGCUAGCAAAUUAUAUGCGUAGCAUUGGUGAUGGUUUUGGAAUAGAUCUCACUUCAGAUUUGAAGCCACCAAAAACUCUUUAUGUUGAGGUUCGAUGUUUAAAGGAUUAUGGUAAAUUUGAAAUGGAAAAUGGUGAUGUGGUAUUUCUCAAAAAAAAUAGUCAACAUUAUCUUCCGAGGUCAGAAAUUGAACCGCUAAUAAGGCAAGGUGUUCUUAAGCAUUUAUCAUAGGUUAUUUAAAGAUCAAAACUUGUCUUUUUAUUUUUUAAUUAAUUACCCGAAUAAAAUAAUUUAAAACUUUCAGCUAUUUGUUCGCCGGCUGUUUUAAAUGCACUUCCACAAGCAACAGUUGAUUUAAUUCAUCAAAGUUAUGUACAUAAUAAUCCU